UGUGUGUGUGUGUGUGUAUGUAUGUAUGUAUGUAUGUAUAAAUCCGUAGGUACAUAGCGCGCAGGGUUCGGCAAAUUAACGUUGACGACGCAGCCGCAAACGUAUACACACGCGUGCACGUAUAAAGUACGUCUCUCUCGCUUCGCAAUAAUAUAUUAUAUCACAGUCAAAGGCGGCACAUAAUUUCGCAAAAGAAUCCGCGAGACAAUAAGUGCAGUGCAAACCCCGAAGGCGCGAGGACCAUAUGCAGCGACGCGCGACGAACUUUCUUCCGGGAACAAGCUCGUCGCGGUGCCGCCUAACCUAAUAAAAAGCAGUGUCUUCUGAGCGCCUCUGUGUACGACAGGCAAGCAAGCAGCAAUAUGGAACAGUACGCGGAGCAGGCCAACAGCGGCAACGGGGAACCCGACGCCGAGCGAUGGACCAGCCGGGGUCGGGGGCGCGGUCUCAGGACCACCGAGCAUGAGCCGCUCAGAAGGCCGCAUCCACCUGCAGGAGCUGUAAGCGACAUAGUGAGGAACUCUGUUCUCUCCGCUGAAGCAGCUGAAUUCGUGCCCAUGGCCUACACUGCACCACAGCCAAACACUAUGCCAGUUGGUCGAAGUUCAGUUCAGGAGCGGUUACAGCUUGCCAGACAGGCUCAAAAUGUCCAACAAGCCAUGCUUCAGAGACAGCAGCAGCAACAACAGCAAUACAAUUGGCAACAGUCUGGAGGGCCCCAGCACUUCCAGCAACAACAAUUCUCCGACACAGGAUAUCAAAGUGCUCCGUAUCAGCAGUACAACCAGCAAUAUAAUCCUGUCAUUCAUGAUUAUGGUCAGUUUGAUGGAGGCUCUGGAGAUUACAUCGAUAAGCAUUUUGAUGAUGGACAAGCCGUAGACCUGCCUACCUCUCUUAUACAGCUAGAAAAUGCCAUGAGAACUUUGACGAUGAAUCCUGGAAAGUUUGAUUCUCUGGUAGCUCAUUUGGUAGAUACUAUAAGUCCAUUCCUUGACGAAUCCAGCCAAUGUGAGCAAAUUUUCAAUCUGAUUAUUCAGCAGUCGAUAAAUGAAGGAAACUUCAGAUACAGUGGUGCAAGGCUAUGUACCCACCUGGAUACAAUAGCACUUGCAGGUGACAGAUCUACAUCAGUUUUCAGAGAAACUCUAAUUAAACAAUGUAAACAAAAGACUGAAGAGCAAGCUGAAACUUGGCGACAAGUAACGAAACACACUGACGACGUCGAAAAGAAAUGCCAUGGUUUAAUAUUUUUCUUAGCAGAAUUAGUUACGCAAAUGGAACCUGCACCAGCUUCGGAGUUAGGAAAACUAUUAAUACGACUAAUAAAUACCGUUCUGCAAAAUCCAGCUCCUAGUUCAGCUAAAAACAUUUGUCAAGCUCUUAAGUUGGCAGGCCAAACUUUAGAGAGAGAUAAUAGUGGAAAUCGCACAGAAAUGGAGCAAGUGAUGCGUACACUGUCCGAUCUAGUCAUUCAAGGUAGAGUAGAUUCGCACGUCGGCCGUAUGGUUACCAGCGUUAGUGAGCUCAGAAGCGGUAACUGGGGUGUUAUAUCAUCCCAUGGCCCUUUGCACGCUGAAAAUAAACAAUCUUCCAGUGCACAAGUAGUCGACGAUCCGAUAUUUUAUGGUCCUGACGGUGAGGUUAUUACAGAUGAAGAGAGCAGGUUUCUUGAAGAUUUGGGAGAAGGAGAACUUGCUUCUCAAGAGCCAUGGGAAAACGACGAAGAAGAUGACAUGAUUGCAGAAGCUUUUGAAGAGUUCUUAAAGUUUUCUCAAAACAAUAACAAAGCAAACCAAAAGAAUGUACAGACGAGAAACUCUAAUGAGCAUUAGAAACUCACCACAGUUUUCAUAAAUGCUUUUGAUAGAAUCGAUACUCUCUCCAAUACUUUAAAGGAAAUCAACUAAUUCUUUGAAAAAACUGACCGACCGUCACACCAACGUGAACUUCAAACAUAAUUUUUUGUUUAUUGACUAUGUAAAUCAAAUGAUCAAAAAUUUUACAUGUACAGAAGAUACACGAAGUUUGGCGAAUCGUAGACAAAUGAAAUAUAAUAAUUCAUAGUAUGAAUCGUACUUAUAGAGAUAAGAUAAUUUAAAGGUUGACAUUAUACGGAGAAAAAAGUAUAGUAUCGUUUGCGGAAAUUCAUAUAUAUAUACAAAUUAUACAUGCUACACAGUAAGAAAAUGUAUGUAUUUUAAUUACACAGAAAAACAUUUUCUUAAAUUCCUCAGAUCUAUAUACGUAACAUUUUUACGAAUAGUUUUACUCGUACACGGAAGUGUUCGAAUUCAUCACUUAUUAAUCAUUUAGCAUUUGCACUAUUUGAAUGUUAAACUGUAGUCUUGACAUUCUGUCGCAAUUGUGAAAUGCAGUUGCAAGUACUAGAAUUUUUUUCUGUGAUAGUUUUGAGACUGUUCAUUACAAUUGAACAAGUUCGCAGUGGAGAAAUUAAUAUAUUUUCGCGCUUAUCUGAAGAAAUUUAAUAUUUAAAAUUGAUUUUGACUUUUCGGCGGCGCAUACGUUGAAUGCAGUAUAAACCUCAACUAAAAUAUCAGAUUUCUUUUUUAUAGUUCUGAUGAAAUACGCUUAUGUUUUCGCACGAUCAAUCAAAUCUAUAACGUAAUUUAUACAUACAGCAGCCGUAAAUUUAAGUUUUAAUAUUCUGCGUUCGGUCUAUAAUAAUCGUCUAGUAACUUUUUUCUCCGUGUAUAGGCGUACACUCGUGCAUAAUAAUCACUACUGUAUGUUUUACAAAGUUUUGUUAUAUUUAUAGGCAUGCACUAUUGUCUCAAGCACAACAUUAAUUUACCAUUUAUUUUGUAAAAGUUAUUAUUUUAUAAAAAACAUAAAAGCUUUUUUAUAUUGAUAGUAUAUUAAAAGGCACUGAAUCAAUCGA